AUGCCAUCCAUACACCAUCAACUAUUUCAAUGCUGCGCACUCAUAUUCUUCAGUGGUCCCACCAUGAAUACAGUAUGGAGUCGAAAGGUACCACAGAGGCUACCUCACAGCCUUAAAACCCUUCUUGUAAAUAAGAGAGCCUUAUGUCAGUCAUUUCCAGUCUCUAAUAGUGCGGCAAAAUUUCCUGAACUUCGUCCAUCCGAUCUUGAUGCCGAUGGUAACCCGGAUUAUAUCAAAUUGAUUCUUACAUCGAGGGUAUACGAUGUCGUGGAAGAGGGUGGACUGCCCAUAACUCACGCUGUUAACCUCUCACAACGCUUUAACACCAAUAUCAUUUUAAAGAGAGAUGAUCUUCUUCCGGUGUUCUCAUUCAAGUUGAGAGGUGCCCAUAAUAUGAUUGCCAAUCUUCAGGCCAAUUCGAAAAAGCCAUUGCCUGGCGUUAUUGCGUGCUCUGCAGGAAACCAUGCCCAAGGAGUUGCAUAUUCGUCUCAUCGUCUUGGAAUACUGGCUACAAUAGUGAUGCCUACCACCACACCUUCCAUCAAAUUCCGUAAUGUUUCGAGGCUAGGUGCCCAAGUUGUCCUCUACGGUGAUGAUUUUGACGCCGCCAAGAAGGAAUGUCUUCGUUUGGCAUCUAUCAAUGGCUUAAUUGACGUUCCCCCAUUCAACCACCCAUAUGUCAUUGCCGGCCAGGGCACCAUAGCAUUGGAGAUUACACGCCAGUUGCGGCUCGACAAGUGUGAUGCCGUAUUCGUUCCCGUUGGAGGUGGUGGGUUGAUUGCCGGUGUCGCUGUGUAUCUUAAGAAAAUUGCUCCUCAUAUCAAGGUUAUCGGAGUAGAAACCUAUGAUGCUGAUGCCUUGUACCAAUCGCUUAAGGCUCGUGAUAUGAAGAAGUUGGACGCUGUGGGAACAUUUGCAGAUGGAACGGCGGUGAAAAUCCUUGGCGAUGAAUCGUGGAGAAUUUGUAAGGACCAUGUCGAUUCAGUGGUCAGGGUUCUGACUGACGAGUUGUGUGCUGCCAUCAAGGAUAUCUUCGAAGAUACUCGCCUGAUAGUUGAACCUUCAGGCGCCUUAUCGGUGGCUGGUCUUAAAAAGUAUAUUCUCGAAUCUCCCGAUACAGAUCACAGCAGCAAGACCUAUGUUCCUAUCUUGAGUGGUGCCAACAUGAACUUUGAUAGACUUCGUUUCGUCAGUGAGCGUGCAGUUCUUGGUGAAGGACGGGAAGUUUCAUUGGCAGUAACUAUACCUGAGAAAGCAGGCGAGUUUGUGAAGCUUCAGGAAAUCAUUGAGCCUCGGGCUAUAACUGAGUUUUCUUAUCGGUAUUCCAAAGACCCAGCACAUAUCUUUGUCAGUUUCAACGUGACGAACAAGGAGAAAGAACUUGCUGAAAUUUCCUCUGCUAUCGAGGCUCUUGGAAAUGAAGUCAUAGACAUUUCGGAUAACGAACUCGCAAAGAGUCAUGGUCGUUAUUUGAUAGGAGGAAGAUCUCCAUCUUUGCAACGUGAAAGAAUGUACCGAUUUGAGUUCCCUGAACGCCCAGGAGCGCUUAAUAAGUUUUUAAAUGCGUUGAAAAGUGGAUGGAAUAUAACCUUGUUCCAUUAUCGUAAUCAUGGCAAUGACAUGGGUAAGAUUUUAUGUGGGUUUGAAUUACCACCAGAUGCCAGUGAAGAGGACUUUCAACAAUUUUUGGACAGUUUGGGUUACAACUACGUUGACGAGUCUGAUAAUGUGGUUUACAAACGAUUCUUAUAG